CCUUUGUACGUGGAGGUUGUGACGCGCGCACCAACACAACGCUUUGUUUCUGGCCACUGGGUCAACGUGUGUGGUGGCAUCUAAAAUUUCAAUAUAAACGUCACUGGUCUUAGCUAACGAUUAUAAUAAAUGCAAAACACAUGAAAUUUAUGCCAUCGUUUCAGUAUUAGAUGGUUGCAAAGUUAUACAUCUAAUCUACUUAGAAUUUCAGGUUGGGAAUCAAGUGCUUGUGAGUCCGCCAUUGAUAAAAGUGCAAGAAAAAUAUUAAUUGAGAUCAAGUAUUGUGGUGAUAAUUCUUAAGUUACUUGCAUGGAAUCAGUUUCGAUGGUGUCACACCCAGCCAUUCCGCUGGAACUAAGUCCACGGCUUCAUCACGCCCAAUUCAACGGCCAUCAACACGAUCAACAGAUACACCCGAAUUUCCUAAUGUGGAGCAUGGAGUUGAAAGCAGCUCAGGAAAGCUUCAUGAAUAUAUUCCAACAAAUGCAGCAGCCAGAAACUCAGAAGGCAUUUCUAUUAUGGAUAGAUGCAACAUUUAUUAGGCCAGGUGGAGGCGGUAGUGGUGCAGUGAGCAGCAGCAACAUGGUGUGUAACAAUGGCCCUAGCAAUGGCAACAUCACAGGCACAGCAUGUAAUAGUGGUGGCAGUGAUGGUGGCAGCAGCAAUAGCAGCACUACAGACUAUGCAGCUGACAGUAAACUCCGCAGAAUAGCUGAUGAUGUCAGAGAAAUGAUGCCUCUGAAUGCCAUACUUCCCACUGAACAGAUCACAUUUCCCAGUGUGGGAGAGAAUGCGGACUGCGACCCAUCACACACAUUGCAUGUUGAUGCAUUCUUGUAUGAUGAGGACCUUGUGGACGAACUCUGUGACACGGGCGAGCUGGGCCGCAACUACUGCCUCGACUGCUCCUCCCACAACACACAGCCUAUCACAUACGUGAGUCACUCAGCAUCAAGAGAGCGGCUGGCUUACGUGUUCAGGGCACUGCUGCCUCCCGUGCCUGAGGACGCCGUCAUUGUUGACGUUGGCUCCAGGCUGGGUGCCGUGCUUUAUGGGGCUUACGUGUAUACCAAGUGCCGGAGGAUCAUAGGUGUCGAAUUGAACGAGGAUCUGUGCCAGCUGCAGAGAACUAUUGUCACCAAGUAUAACUUCCAGGAUCGAAUAAGUGUGGUGUCGGGUGAUGUUCAGCUCCACGGCACCCUGAUGAACAGCGCCGAUGUCGUCGUCAUGAACAACGUCUUCGAGUUCUUCAUGGCGGCUGAAGUGCAGCUCCAGAUCUGGAAUUUCCUGAGGGCGUCCAUCAAGCGAGGGGCCCUGCUAGUCACCAUCCCCGCCCUCACAGACACGCUGCAGCAUUUUGAUGUUGGGUUCAGGGUGCAGGACUGGGUGCGUGAGGUGCCACCCCACGACCCUAACGUCACCGCGCCCUUUGACUUCCAGUCAGAGACUUCCGAGGUCAAGCUCUACCAGGUCAUCUAGCUGCUCUACAUCUGCUCUACCAAGUCAUCUAGCUCCCCUACCUCUGCUCUACCAGUUAGCCCAUCUCCCCCAGCUCUACUCUACCAGUUGGCCUAGCUCCUCUACUCGUCUGUUCCACCAGUUGCUCUACUUUCGCCACUUGCUGUUUCUGCCAAAUCCUCUUCGUUCACUUAUCCUGCUCUACCAUUCUUCUAGCUUUCCUCUAUUACUAUUCUAUCUUUACCUUACCAAGCAAUUCAAAAAUAAUCAUCAAUUUCGCACUACCUUGACUUCUCUUCUUCACCAACCAAUCUUCUUACGUUUGCUCUUGCAUGAAGCGGUCUUAUCGCACACCGUAAGCCUUAUACCUGGAGUCGCCACUCGCUGAAAGAUUUUAUUGCCGUCUGACCAAUGCCAGUUUUUCGCUUUAUCACAAAUUCUACGGUCCGACUUUGGGACUUUGAAUUCCUACAAUGUGGAGUCUUCUUAGGUGUGAGGACUUGACUUCAUUCCUUAACUCAACGCUAGAGAGGUUUGUUACAUUGUCUUAUAUACUCAGCCGUGACUAAGUUGAGUUACUUGUGAGUUUGUGGAGACCUAUGAGUAGCUUGUGUGUGUAUAUAUACAUCAGUGUGAUAACUGAGCAGGAACCCUGUUACUGUUUUUGAUUGUAUUUGGAUUCAUUGGAAACUCCUGCAAAUUUUGGUGUCACUUCCUCUUCUUGCUUGUGACUUCAGUAGCAGUUAUAGGUUAUAUUGUUGAGCUUGUCUGUCGGAAAAUUUCCUCUGUGAGAGAACCUCCAUUCAGAAUGUAUCGGCAGUGCUUACUUUACUCGCCUAUUGCUAGGAUAAUUUAUAAAUUAAGCAGGAUCCUCAACAAACAUUCUCGAAAAUUAUUAAUCGAUAUAGAUUAAGUGACUUCGUUAAUCGACUCUACUGAUUCACGACGGCCUGACUCAGUGUGGUAGAUAAGGAGUGUUUUGAUAUAGGUACAUUGUUUAAUAUACAAGACUCAAUUGAACGCGAGUGGGGCUCUUAGUAUACUUAGUUAAAUGUAUUAAUGAUCAUACUAAAUAUAUCAGGUCUUGCUCUGCAUAGUUACAAAUCCCCGAACACUCGUUUGGAAGCCUAAUCAUGCUCUGUGGAAUGUGAAUGUUAGAGUUUAUUCCUGCUUGGCCUUAUUCUUAACUGUUAGCUUUUAUUAGACUUGACUCGCGACGGCUGAAUUUAUUAACUGUAAACCAGUUUAUGGAAGACUGCCAUAAAUGGCAUCUUGCAUCCUUGUUUAUAUGGUGAACUUUUGAAGUAUUUUAAGAUGUAAUGAUUACCAUGCAGUGCCUACUUUGUGUAUACUCGAUAAAUAAGUACGUGUUUGUUUUCUACUACAUUUACACGUAAUUCUUUGUAUAUUCUAUUUUAGCAUCAAAUGCCAUCAAUCAAAUAUUGUCUAUCCUAGGCGACUUACUGUAUAAUCACUUGUCUUGAGAUCCCUCGGGUAACACGUAUCAAAACUAUCAAGAUACCAUACAAGACCAUGCUGAUGCACCACCCUAGACUGCUACCAAGCGCUGCCCAUCAGCAGUACCGAAAAAUGAACAGUUUUGCAGGGCUUGAGCCCAUGGCUAGCUCUUGGAUUAUUGUAAUAGUGACGUUAUAAAUCUAACCAAAUGUUAAUGUUGGCAACAUGUGCGGAAAAAGCAUCUUGCUUAGUGUGGAAUGUUAAAUUAGGUGACAGGAUUAUGGUGCUAUUUUAAACUGGGUGAAUGACAAAAUUGUAUGUUUUAAUAGGAUAACAUGAUUGUUGUGGCAUAUUUGAAUU